AUGAAUAUUGUCAUUAUGCUCAUCAUCAUAAAUUAAUUAUUUUACUCAAUGAACAAUAGAUCCACGAUCUUUCUUGCUUUUUUACUCUAAGUUUACACAGCUAGAUUUGAUUAUGGUUAAACUAGUGUUCGUAAUGUGUAAGAAAUAGAAACAUAAUGCUAACUGAACCAAUUUCUUUUAGGAAAUAUUUGUUUUGGUAAUUAUGAAAAUAAUUCAGAUUGUCAUUAUAGUUGUUAAUAAUGCAAUGGAAAUUAAGCAGAUAGUUGUACUUCAUGUGAUACACUCACUGAAAGAAUAUUAAAUGAUAGUAAAUGCUCAUGUUUAGAAUCUUAUUAUGCAUUAGAGUCAUAAGCAACUUGCCGAAAGUGUAAUAUAUCUUGUUUGACUUGUAAAGGAGGAUCAGAAAGUGAUUGUUUGAGUUGUGAUAAUAAAAGUACACUUGUAGAUAAUAGAUGUGUAUGCAAAGCUGGCUAUUUAGUCGAUAGGAAUAUGGAAUGCUCAUAAUGUGAUUUUACUUGUGAAUAAUGUUUCAAUUCAUUAUUUAAUGGUUGUAUCAAAUGCAACCCAUCCUCAUUAAGAUAACUCGAUAAUAAUGAAUGCAAAUGUCCAACUGGUUAUUAUUCAUAAACAGGAAUGUAGUUAUGUUAGAAAUGCAAUGAUAGUUGUAAUACUUGUGAUUCAUAAAAUUCAUGUCUGAGUUGCACAGAAGAUAAAAUAUUACAAAUAAAUACAUGCGUUUGUUAGACAGGUCAAGUUUUAAUUAGAGUUGGAAAUUGGAAUUUAUGCCAAAACUGUCAUAAUCAGUGUGAAACCUGUUUUGGAAUUUAUUCUUAUGAAUGUUCUACAUGUAAACUUAAUCGCACCUUACAGAGUGACAAUACAUGUUAUUGUGAUGAUGGAUACUAUUUAUCCUACAAUGAUUGUUUGAUUUGUGACUCUAAUUGCUUAACUUGUGUAUUUACAAGUACAUUCUGUUUAUCUUGCUAAUUUGGAUAUUCAAUAGCAAAUAAUGAUAAAUGUUGUCAUGGUUCAAAUAUUUUUAAGGACAACGAAUGUUAGUGUUCCAAUCAAUAUUAUCUCGACAGUUCAGGGAUUUCUUGCCCUUAUAAUUGUUUGAAAUGCGAUGAAAAUCUUGUUUGUUCUGAAUGUUUGGAUAAGUAGUUUAUUGGAACAUCAUGUGACGAAAAUUGUUUGCGUGUUAAUUGUUUGGAAUGUGAUUUAGAUGGAAUAUGUACAAAGUGUUUACAAAAUUAUUAAAAGAACCUUAUUGGUGAUUGUGUUUGUGUGGCAGGAGAGUAUUACUUUGAUGGAUUAGAUUUUCAGUGUAAAAAAUGUUCUUAAUAGUUUUAUAAAUGUAAAGAAUGUGAUGCUACAGGUUGUGUUCUUUGUGAUGAAGAUUAUUUCUUAGAUAGUGGUUCAUGUGUUAGUUGUUUGCCUAAUUGCAAAUCUUGCACCAGUCUUUCUAUAUGUGAUGCUUGCUAUGAUGGAUAUUUUGAUAUCAUUUGUGACUAAUGUCAUGCGAGUUGUAAAAAUUGCAUAGGCUCAUAGAAAAAUGAAUGUUUAGAGUGUUCAGAUGAUAGAAUUCCAACUGUUGUCAAUAUCUUGGGAGAUGGUAGGAAUCAAGUUGUAUGUUCAUGUGAUAGCUUAUAAAGGUAUUAUGAUGCUAAUUUUAAUUGUCAAAAUUGUCAUACUACAUGUAAUACUUGUGAUGGAGGAUCCAAUAAUGAUUGUUUGGAUUGUUUCGCAAGUUAAAAUAGAGUCCUCGUAUCUAGAAAAUGUGUUUGUAAUGCACUUAAUAAUUAUGGUGAUUUAGGAGAUGAUUCAUGUUAUAUAAUGAAUUGUGGUUAUGGUUGUGCUGAUUGUCAUUAUGAUCUACUUACUUUUAUAUGCCAAACUUGUCACACUGGUUAAACAAAUAGAUUGAAUGACCCUGUAGCUAAUUGUCCCUGUCAAGAUGGAUAUUAUGAAGUAUCCUAAAAGACUUGCAAAUAAUGUCCAAAAAAAUGCGGUACUUGUGAUUUAAAUUCAUCAAAUUAGCCAUAUUGUACAACAUGCUCAGCUAAUAGAAAUGCCAAUGAUAAUUGCAACUGUCUUAUUGGAUAUUAUUAAAAUUUAGAUGUUAUUUGUAAUAAAUGUCCUGACACCUGUGUAUAUUGUUUAGCAGCUGAUAAAUGUGUUCAGUGCGAACCGAAUUUUUUUCUAAAAGAUGGGAUGUGUGUCUGCCCCCUUAGGAAUUUUUAUUAUAGAUCUACAUGCUCCUGCUUAUAAGGAUAUUAUAUGCACUUAGAAAAUUAAAAAUGUUUACCUUGUCAUCCUAAAUGUGAAUAGUGUGAAUUUACAUCUACAAAUUGCACCAAAUGUUCUGAAAACUAUUAUAAUCCCCCUGAUUGUACAUGUGCUUCUGGACUUUAUGAGUUGGAUAGUAAAUGUGUUCCUUGCAUAAAUAAUUGUCAUCUUUGCAAAUCUGAUUCAGAAUGCUUAGAUUGUCCUAAUCAAUUGACUUUAAUCUAAAAUUAAUGCAUAUGUUAAUCUGGGUAUUUUAAUAAUCCUGGGAGUUAAGAUUGCAAUUAAUGUUCAUUAUAGUGUGUGGAAUGCAAUUAUCAUCAAGAUAACUGUCUCAAGUGUAAAUUUAAUAGAGUAUCACCCUAAUUAUGUGUCUGUCCAAUUGGAACUUAUGAGGUUGACUUAGUUUCUCCAUGUUUGAAUUGCAAUUCUGUAUGUUCCACUUGUGAAUUGAAUGCUAAUAAUUGUCUUAAAUGUUCCUUAAACAGAGCAGAUCCUCCCCUUUGUAAAUGCAAAAUGGAUUAUUUUGAAGAUAAAGAUUAAAUAUGCUAAUAGUGCAAUUCAAGAUGCAAAGUAUGUGAGACUUCACCAGAAAAUUGCAUAACAUGUAAAAUAGAUUUUUCCUUACCCCCUAAUUGCGAUUGUCUAGAUGGAUACUUCUAUGAUAUUUCAAAUGGAUGUGUCAAAUGUCAUAAAACGUGUUAAACUUGCAAUGGAUCUCAAGAUUAUCAUUGUUUAACAUGUGAUACUGCUAGGCUUAUGUAAUUAUAAAAUACGAAGUGUGAGUGUUAAAAAAAUUACUACUAUUAAGAUGAUAACUGUUAUCUCUGUUCUAUUGAAAUUGAUGUCUGUCAACCUAAAAUAUGUGGGGAUGGAAUUAAAUCAAGAUAAGAGGAUUGUGACGAUGGAAAUAAAAAUAAUAGAGAUGGAUGUUCAAGAGAUUGUAAAUUAGAAGCAGAAUAUUAUUGUGAAUUAAUGCCAAAUUUGCAAAUUCAUAGUUCUGUAUUCAUGUCUACCUGUACUAAAUGUUCACAGAACUGUAAAGUUUGCAAUUCCAGCAGAUGUCUCCAAUGUAACUCAGGAUAUUUCUUGACCAAAUCAUUUGAAUGCAGCAAAUGCGAUAAACAUUGUAAAGAAUGUGCAGGACCCUUUUAGAAAGAUUGUCUGUCUUGCAUCAAAGGUAUUGAUUAUGGAUUUACUCAAAAAUGUGCAUUUUGUGAAGAAACUCUAGGUUUGUAUACGAAGGGACUUCAAUGUGCUUCUUUAUGUGGUGAUGGUAUUAGAAAGAGUGAUGAGAAAUGCGAUGAUGGAAACACUAUCAAUUAGGAUGGGUGUUCUAGUACUUGCCAGAUUGAAUAGGAUUGGGGUUGCAAUUAAUAAAUAAAUACUUUAAGCGUUUGUUACCAAUUAAAUUUAUCCAUUGCUUCCUUGGAAUUCGAAAGAGUUAAAGAUUUUUAUCAGUCAUCAAGAUUUGGAUUAAUUUAAUUCAGCAAACCUAUGAUGUUGAUUAAUUAAUCUAUAAUCGAAUCAUGGAAAUAGGAAAUCGUUAAUUAGAUUGAUAAUGUAGAUUACAAUAUUAAUUCAACUACUAAUUAUAAUUAAGAUGGCCAUUUAGAGUCCAUUUCAAUUGAAUUACUCUUGCAUAAGAGUAUUGAUUUCGUUUAAUAUCAAAUUAACUUUACAAAUUACAUAAUUUACGAUGCAAUCGACUAAUAUCCUUUGAAAUCCUCAUUUCUGGAAAAAGAAUUAUUGAAAUAUAAAUAAUUAAGUAGUCAAACUCUGAGUACUACAAAAGCAUCAAGGUAAUUUGGAUCUACUGUUUUAUUUAUCUUAGGAGGAAUUGCUUUAAUAGGAUUGUUGAUGGGAAGCUUAGAUUUUUAUUGGAAUGUGCUAGACAAUCUAUAAAUUCUAUCUUACAUCACAUAUAUCAAUGUCAACUUUCCUUAUAUGCAUAAUUAAUUUUUGGACAUUUUUUAAUUUGCAAGGUUUGAAUUUACUAAUGAUUUUUUCAAAUUUGAUAUCAUAAACGGUUUGGAUUAUCAUUAAAAUAAGGAUUACCCUCUAAUUGUAGAAAGAAAUGUAGAGUACAACCUAGUCAUUAAUUUAAGUUCUAUCAUAGUUUUAUGGGUUACUCCCUUAAUUCUGUUGUUCAUUUCUAAAUUUAAUCUCUUUAUAAUACAAAAAUUGUUGAUUAACAAAUUUCAAAAUGUCAGACUAACAUAAAAAGUAAGCAGUCUUAAAUUUUUGGGUUACAAAGUAGUUUCAUUUAUUCACUUUAUUAGUUUGAAGUAUUGCGCAAAUUUUUACUAUAAUAUAAUACUCAGAGUCUAUCUGUCAAGCUUAUACGAUCUGAAUUUUUCCAUCUUUACUUCAGCCUAUUGUUGGUUAUGGAAUCAAAGUCCGAAUUUUGUAGAUUAAGUUUCAUUCCUAGGUGCUAUGAGUCUCCUCCUAUUUUAACUUGUCGUCUUAUUUAUGCUUUCAACGUCUCUAAAGGCAUCCUCCUAUCAAAUCACUUCAAAGCAUUACGAACAAUAUUUUGGAUCUCUAUAUGAAGGCAUCAAAUCGGUCAAACAAAUCAAUAGAUAAAUUUAAUUUCUCUAACCUCUAAGAAAAAUUAUGUUUAUGGGUGCUUUGAUAUUAUUUUUUGAUACUGCAAUUUAUCAGAUUUCACUUUUGAUAUCCAUACAAAUCUUGUCAUCAAUUGUUUUAAUAACUCUUAAUCCUUAUAUGAACUUUCUGGAGACUAUUAAAGGCAUUACCUAGGAUGUUGGAUUGAGUCUUUCAUUAUCUUUAAUCUUAUUUUAUUAUGCGCAAGAUUAAUUUUAACUAACAGACUAAGAUACCAUAGAAAAGUUAUCCUACAUUCAUGUUGGGAUCUAUACUAUUAUGCUUUCAACAACCCUUAUUAUUGAUUUAUAUUAAUAAUUCAAGAUAAUUAGCAAUAAAUAUAAAUAUUUAUAGAGACUUACCUAAGUGUGUCAAAAGAGGAAGCCAGAUAAUCAACAAUCCAAUAGAGAUAUGUUUAUAGAUUUAAGCUAGGAAAACGGCAUCAAAUUACAAACAAAUUAAUUUUGCUUCACUAAUUUGAGGAUACAGUGA